ACCGCCGGGGAGCGUCGCCAAACGCCCCGACGUCCCGCCCCCUUCGUCCGGGCAGGCGGUCGGAAGUGUGGGUGGGCCCAGCAACAGCCGCGGGAGCCGUCGGGCCCCGCGCGUUCCAGCGAUCCGGCCGUUAGGCAACCCGGGGAAUUGGCAACAAGCGCUCGGCCGGACUGCGGCGGGAGGAUGGGGUUGGGGGCCAGUGUGUGGCCGGCGGAACGUGAGAGUCUGCGUGGGGCUGUCUCCCCUGGGUCGGCACUUUGCACCCGCUCCCUAAGUCUGCCCCGCCUCCGCCCCCGCCCUGGGCGGCCAACCGAGGCUGCCUGGGCGGGGCGAAAGCACAGGCGCAGGCGCGGGAUUGGCCCGGGGGCGUGACCAGGCUGGGUUCGCGGGCGCGCGCGGGCGCAGCCCCACGUGCCGUCCCAGUCCGCCUGCCGCUCCGCGGGGUCCGGUUCCGCCUGGCCCUCCGCCUGCCCCAAUGCCGGGUCUGGCCUGGCCAUGGGCGCGGGCUCAGUGCGGGCGCGCUACCUCGUGUACUUCCAGUACUUGGGCACGGACUUUAACGGGGUCGCGGCAGUCAGGGGCGCCCAGCACGCCAUCGGAGUCCAGAACUACCUGGAGGAGGCCGCAGAGCGGCUGAACUCGGUGGUGCCGGUAAAGUUCACUAUCUCCAGCCGCACGGAUGCUGGGGUCCAUGCCCUGAGCAACGCGGCGCACCUGGACGUCCAGCGCCGCUCAGGCCGGCCCCCCUUCUCCCCUGAAGUCCUGACGCAAGCCCUCAACACCCACCUGAGGCACCCGGCCAUCCGGGUACUGCAGGCCUUCCGUGUGCCCAGCCACUUCCAUGCCCGCCACGCAGCCACGUCCAGGACCUACCUGUACCGUCUGGCUACUGGCUGCCACAGGCCUGACCAGCUGCCCGUGUUUGAACGAAACCGGUGCUGGGCGCUUCGGGCUGACUGCUUGGACGUCGCUGCCAUGCGGGAGGCCGCCCAGCACCUCCUGGGGACACACGAUUUCAGGGCCUUCCAGUCGGCUGGCAGCCCGGCCACCAGCCCGGUGCGCACCCUGCGCCGAGCCUCCGUGUCCCCCGACCCUGCCAGCAGCCCCUUUGUCCUCCCCGAGGAGAGCAGGCGGUUGCGGUUCUGGAGCCUGGAGUUUGAGAGCCAGUCCUUCCUAUACAGACAGGUGCGGAGAAUGACAUCUGUGCUGGUGGCCGUGGGGCUGGGGGCUUUGAUGCCUGCUCAGGUGAAGAUGAUUCUGGAGAGCCAGGACCCCCUGGGCAGGCACCAGAGCCGUGUGGCUCCCGCCCACGGCUUGUUCCUGAAGGCGGUGCUCUACGAGGGCUUCGAGUCCACAGCACAGAGGUCACACGUGACCCGACACGCAGCAAAGUCAGGGCAGCCGUAGCACACUAGGCCCAGCUGCUGGACGCUGCCCAGCUCUGUACACCACGGUGCAUCACACAGGGACCACGGCAGGCCCCACGCCUGUCAGCCUGGACCUGCCACAAGUCCCCGCCUGCCCCGGGUGGGCUGCCAGAAGUGGGGUGUAGGAGACAGGCACAAGCACCGGAAAACGAGACACCCAAACAGCCUGUGGUUGUUUUUACUGGAAAUCAACACCCCGGGAGCCCCCCCCCCAUCUCCUGGGAGCCCAGGAGCAGAAAUAAAAGGUGA